AUGAUGGCUCUCGGGGCUGCGCAUGUAAUGAUGAUGGCGAGUGAUGAUGACGACGCCGACUCGUCGCAGCCGGAAUCGACGCUCCGCGGGGGCUACCGUCGGAGGUCCGUUUUCGGUCGACGACCGGUGCAGCGGCGGCAGGCCGGCGGGAGCGGCGGUCAAGGAGGGAUAACGGCGACGAACGUGUUGCUCGCGUUGAACGCCAUCGUGUACCUCUUCCAGAUGCGAUACCCGGCAAUCACCAAAGCGGGCUGGAAGAUGGCCCCAGCGAUCACUCAGCAAGGACAGUGGUACCGCCUCCUUACGCCCAUCGUGCUGCACGGGUCCUUCACACACUUGGCGGUCAAUAGCAUGUCCUUCAGCAGCGUCGGCCCGGUGGUGGAGAGGGUGAUGGGAAAGGCAAAGUUCGUUACGGUGUACACUCUAGCAGGCAUUGCUGGCAAUGUCCUGAGCUGCAUCGUCAACCCACGCACACCGUCGGUGGGCGCUUCGGGUGCGAUAUUUGGCAUGGUCGGAGCUUGGGGGGCAUUCUGCCUCAUGAACGAGACGGUGUUGGGGCGAAAUAACUCGCAGCGGGCGCUGAGGAACGUGGCACAGACGGUGAUGAUCAACGUUGUGUACGGCAUGGGCAGCUCGCAAAUUGACAACAUGGGCCACCUGGGGGGUUUCCUCGGUGGAGCGGCGAUGACGUUUCUCAUCGGACCACGGUUUAAAAGGCGGCUGAAUCCCUACACGGGCCAGCCUUACAUUGUGGAUGAGAGCUUCAAGCUGGGCUGGCCACGGCUCGGUGAGAGUCCCCCGGCUCCGUAA